CGCGCGUGCGCGUGGGUGGAACCCGGCUCGCGGGGUGGUGGGGUUGUGUCUCGUGCGGAGGUGUGGCGACUCCGGCCGCGACACGGGAGCGGGGAACCCCUCCGUGCACCCCUCCGUGCACUGGGUCCGGGGCGCCGAGCAGGCAGUGUAUGCGUUCCUGGAGAAGCUGGCAACCAUACUGAUACAAGCCAAGAAUUGCCGGUGGUCCUCUGCUCCUGUCGUGCAGUCGGGUGGCUGAUCGGGGAAUGUGCAAACACAGAACUCCUUGUUUGGAGGCAGAAGUCAGGGACUCAUCCACCCUGCCACGUGCCACUGCAUAGCCCCAGGCACACCCAUUCCAGCGGUGGCACAGUCCCGAGCAGACUAAGAAAUGAGAAAAAUACCCAACCAUGGGGCCCUGCGGAUGACGAAGGUGGCGUACCCCCUGGGGCUGUGCGUGGGCCUGUUCAUCUAUGUCGCCUACAUCAAGUGGCACCGGGCCUCCACCCCCCAGGCACUUUCCUCCAUCACCGGGGCAGCCCACCUCUCUGCGGGGUCGGCUGCUCGUGCUCAUGAGGUCUUCUAUGGAAUCAUGUUUGAUGCCGGGAGCACUGGCACCCGCGUGCACGUCUUCCAGUUUGCCCGGCCACCUGGAGAGACUCCCACCUUGACCCACGAGACCUUUAAAGCGCUGAAGCCAGGGCUUUCUGCUUAUGCUGAUGAUGUGGAGAAGAGUGCUCAAGGGAUCCAGGAGCUGCUGGAUGUUGCUAAGCAGGACAUUCCGUUUGACUUAUGGAAGGCCACCCCGCUGGUCCUCAAGGCCACAGCCGGCUUGCGCCUGUUACCUGGAGAGAAGGCUCAGAAGCUGCUGCAGAAGGUGAAGGAGGUGUUUAAGGCAUCACCUUUCCUGGUAGGGGACGACUGUGUUUCCAUCAUGAACGGAACUGACGAAGGUGUCUCUGCGUGGAUCACCGUCAACUUCCUGACAGGCAGCUUGCGAGGCCCGGGCAGGAGCAGCGUGGGCAUGCUGGAUCUGGGCGGCGGGUCCACUCAGAUCACCUUCCUUCCGCGGGCCGAGGGCACCCUGGAGGCCUCCCCACCUGGCCACCUGACGUCCCUGCAGAUGUUUAACAGGACCUAUAGGCUGUAUUCUCACAGCUACCUGGGGCUGGGACUGAUGUCGGCACGGCUGGCGAUCCUGGGUGGAGUGGAAGGGAGACCUGCCAAGGACGGGAAGGAGUUGGUUAGCGCUUGUCUGUCUCCCGGGUUCAGAGGCGAGUGGGAGCAUGCGGAAAUAACGUACAGGAUCUCAGGACAGAAGGCAGGGCGUCUCCAUGAGCCUUGUGCCAGCAGGGUGUCUGAAGUCCUCCGAAACAAGGUGCACAGGGCAGAAGAGGCAGGACACGUGGACUUCUAUGCCUUCUCCUACUACUAUGACCUGGCGGCCAGUGUGGGUCUCAUCG